UCACAGCAGAACAUCCAAACCACAGAAAUGGAAUCGCAGCUAUCCAUCAUCUUUCUUCCUCAGCUCUCCUCAAACUCAGAAAUUAUCUGCAAAUCCAUCAUUUUGUUCUUACACCAAUCUUCUACCUGGUCGGAUUGAUGAAUAAGUGCAUCUCGCCGCCGCCGUCGCCGCCGCCAUUACUACCCUACCACAAACACAGACUUUCUUCUUCUUCUUCAAUACGACCAAAUCGAGUCGCCAUCAAAGGAUCGUCGUCGUGUUUGGUGAAGACCAGAGCUCAUCUAACAUCUGUUUCUCCCAUUCUUUUUGUUGCAGCUGAGCUCUCCGACGCCGGGAAGCUUUCUGUCCUUGCUCAGACAGGUGCUGUGUGUUUGAUGGCAUUUUGGGUUGCCAAUUUCUUCGUGCCUGGAAUGAUUAUGAAGAAUUCUGGAGAAUCAGCCACCACCAAUUAUGAUGAUGAUGAUUCAGACGAAGAAGAUGAUGAUGAAUGACGUAUGUAUGUAAUGCAAUGUAUGAAAGAGAAGUGAUUGAGAUUGAGAUUAGGUCAAGGCUUUUUUUUCAA